UACGUCACUCGCAGUAAUUCGAGUGCGGCUCCGAGGGCGGUACCAGAGCAGCGCGGCUGCGGCUCCGCACAGAAUGUCACCUUAAUUCACGCCAUUUUUCCACAGGAGAGAGGACACAGUGCAGCGAGAGCCGCCUCGGGAGCUCGGUACUCAGUCCUCGGUCCGGCGCUGUGUGACACGGACGCGACGACAUGAUGAUCUCCGCGCUGCCUCGUUACGGCGCGUCGCUGGCAGCGCUGCUGUGAGCAAAGGACUCGGUCGGAGGCGCGCUCUCCACGCCGCUGGAUGCUCCUGCUGCUCUCUCCAGCACUUGCACUGCGGCUUCUUCGGCUGCCAGCAGCAGCAGCUCUCCGCUCGACGAGCUCCGACAGAGCAAACUUUCCGCGCUGAGCAGCGACUCGCUUUGCCCCACCGACACGAUGCCGCCGAGCCCGACCGCGUUCGCAGCGGCAGCGCUGCUGGUGCUGCUUCUCCUCGCCUCCAGCUCGUCGCAGUUGUCGCUGUCGCCGGAGGAGGCGCACCAGUUCCUGCGCAGGGAGAAGCGAGCCUACCAGGUGUUCGAGGAGACGAAGCAGGGCCACCUGGAGCGGGAGUGCGUGGAGGAGCGCUGCAGCUUCGAAGAGGCCAGGGAGGUGUUCGAGAACGACCCGGAGACGGAGUACUUCUAUCCCAAGUAUUUAGACUGCGUGAACAAGUUUGGAGACUGGGAGAAGAGGCAGGAUCUCAUCACCUGCGUCCACAACAUCCCAGACCAGUGCUCGCCUCCGCCCUGCAACCCUAGGGGGACAGUGCGAUGUGAGGACAAGAAGGGCGACUUCCAUUGUCACUGCUUCACUGGAUGGACGGGUGCCACAUGCGAGAAAGACAUAAAUGAGUGUAGCAAUAACAAUGGGGGCUGUGAGCACCUCUGCAACAACACCCUUGGAAGUUAUCGGUGUUCCUGCCAACAGGGUUACGUGCUGGCUGACCGGCACCUAUGUAGAGAUGUGGAUGAGUGUACAGAUGACCCUGGGGUGUGUGGGACUGCACAGUGCAUCAACCUCAUAGGGUCGUACCAGUGUCUGUGUGAGGAGGGAUACGUUUAUGACAAUGUGUCCAAGUCCUGUAAGGAUGUGGAUGAAUGUGAAAUGCAGAUGUGCUCCGAAGAGUGCGUCAACACGCCGGGGAGCUUCAGCUGUUUCUGUGAUGGACGGCGGGGCAAGAAGCUGGCACAGGACCUGAGGAGUUGCGAGCCUGUUGAGCCCUGCCUGCCUCUGAAUAUGAAGAGGAGCUCUCGUUCUCUCUACUUGGGCCGCAUGUUCAGCGGGGUGCCCGUCAUCCGGCUGCGCUUUCGCCGGAGGGUUCAUACUGGCUUCACUGCUGAAUUUGACCUGAGGACCUUUGACCCUGAAGGAGUCAUUUUCUUUGCUGGAGGCCACCUGAACAGCUCUUGGAUUGUAUUGGCAAUGCACCAUGGGAAACUGGAACUGCAACUAAAGUAUGGGCCAGUGAGCCGGGUGACAAGCAGUGGGCCAGCAGUCAACGACGGGCAGUGGCACAGGAUCUCUGUGGAGGAGCAGGGGCGUAGUCUGGUCAUCAAGAUUGACCGGGAGGCAGUGAUGAAGAUUGCAGUGAAUGGAGACCUGUUCACCCUGAAGAAAGGGAUGCAUGAACUUAACCUCACCAUAGGUGGUGUCCCGUUCAGGGAGGCUGGCCUGGUGCACCAGGUGAACCCUCGACUGGAUGGCUGCAUGAAGGAGUGGCGUUGGCUGACGGGUGAGGACAACUCCAUCCAGGAGACCAUUCGCUCCAAUGAGAAGAUGCAGUGCUUCUCCAUAGAGGACCAGGGCUCAUUCUACCCAGGCAGCGGCUUUGCCCUUUUCAAUCUCAGCCAUGCAGAUUCUCAGGUGAUGAAUAUUCAACUGACGCUUCGCCCUGCCUCCGCUCUGGGAGUUUUGUUUGCACUCGUCCGUCAAGAUGGUGUCCCUCUGUCUGUCUCCCUCUCCAAUUACCAUCCCUCAAAAAAAUUGUGGCAGGAGCAUGUUCUGGUGAGUAUGGGUGAAACAGUGGUGACCAGCAUCCCGGCGUUUCUGUGCGAUUCGGAGAAGCACCUGGUGAACGUGACAAUCGCAGGCAACCUGACCCUGCUGGAAGUUGACGGGCAACAAGGUGAGGUUGAAGCAGGUCAGAAUCAAGAAGCCCUAGACUUCGCCGCUCCAGCCAGCACCUUCCUUGGAGGACUCCCAGAUGUACCUCUGGUGUCCACCCCGGUCUCUGCUUUCUACAUGGGCUGCAUGGACGUUGUCAUCAACGGGCAAUUGCUAAACCUGGAUGAGGCGUUCUACAAACACAAUGACAUCCGGUCUCACUCCUGCCCCCUGGGAGGACCACAGCAGUAAGCAUAGUAAAUCCACACAGUGCUCUUCCCCCGCCACUGUCCAUUUCUUCCAAGCGCUAUCCUCAACCUGUCAAACCGCUGUAUUUCUGGGUCUUCCACCCCACCCAGACAAGUAUCAGAGACACCAAACCACCGGAGGUAUGUAUUUAUAUUCAGGAACGAUCACACUACUACGCUGCUUCGUAAGCUACUGAGAAGAGUUUGCUGUAAUAUACAGGCUAUGUAAAUACUGUACUAUUCAAUGCUUUUUAGAAACAAGGGAAAUUCAAACUUCAGUCUAACUGGUUAUUCAAAUCUCACUGGGGUACAUAAUUCUCAACUAUUCACAGUUAAUAUCCCCCCCCCCUUGGUUUUAUAGUGAGUCAUUAACACAGCAGUUAUCCUAUUUAAGACUUUUCCCUUAAUGUUCUGAGUUUUUUUUUUUUUUUUUUGGUGUGUGUGUGUUUUUUUAAAUCUUCUGUAUUUGACACCAUUUUGUCUGUCAUGAGAAUCCCAGCAUCAGAUUGCUGGGAUACAUAUUGAAGUUUU